AUGAAUGAUAAAGAAGGUAUCACAACUUCAAAUUCAUUUCUAAAAAUGCGCAAUGCUUAUUGUAAUAUAAUGCUUGGAAGAAUAAAGGUUCAAGCCACAUAUAUUAAUAAUAUAUUCUCGACGGGGAUAAGGUCAGGGCUGCUGGGUGGCUAUUGCGAAACAUCAAAACCUUGUUCUUUCUUGAACCUUCCUGCAACUCUUGAUGUAUGGGCCCUGUUUUUCACGGUUUUGUACCAAGCACGCCGUUUGGUGAUAUGUGCCUUGGUAACCAAAAAAUGUAACCACGGGUUUGUCAGAAAUUCUGGGAGCCUUAUUUCCAUCAAGUUCAAGACCAAGGAUUUUUACCUUUUAUCUCAUCUAAAAGCACAUUGUAAAGACCACGAUUCUAGUUUAACACAUACAUUGGUUAAGAAUAUUUUGUGGGCAAAAUAUUUGAAAAAGGGUUUGGAUGAUUAUAAAAUUUCUCUAAAAGCAAUCUAUGAUUCCACGUUUGAUUCAUAA